UUGGACGUGGUGUCUUUCCCGUGGAGGCAGCUGUGUGUGCAUGUGUGUGUGUGUGUGUGUGUGUGUGUGUGUGAGAGCCCUGUCCUGAUUGGCUGACACAGGUCCUCCCUCCCCCUUUUAAAAGCCUCCUUUCUCACCUGAGUUACAAAAUAGCCUCGACUCCUCAAGCGUUCACUUCUUCCAUAUCAAGAGCUUCUUUUCAUUUGGUUUUUCUGCGGAUCUUUCCAGCGAGUCUCACCAAAGAUCAGGGCAACAUUUCAAGGAGCGCGACUUUAAAGGAGCCGAACAACAAAAGUGAGCAUCCUCCUCUCGCCAGCCGUCAGCUGCGAUGCCGAGCGUUGUGGAUCGGAUGGAGCUGAGGAAAGUGUCGACGGAGGCCGACGACGACAGCACGGACAGUUUGGACGAUCGUUUCGCGGAGCCCAUCGAUGCGGAGAAGGCCACCAUCAACAGUCACUUCAUCGACGAGAACGAGGACGGCGAGAGCCAGAAGUUCCUGGGGAACGGCAUGAUGAAGAAGAAGAAGUACGAAGAGUACCACGAAGAAUAUCAUCCAGGACACACCUCCUUUGGCAUGUCCGUCUUCAACUUGAGCAACGCCAUCAUGGGCAGCGGCAUCCUGGGCCUCUCCUACGCCAUGGCCAACACCGGCAUCGUCCUCUUCACAUUCCUCCUUAUCGGUGUUGCCGUCCUCUCCUUGUAUUCCGUACAUCUGCUUCUCAUGACGGCUAAAGAAGGAGGGUCUCUCAUCUAUGAAAAACUGGGAGAACGAGCGUUCGGCUGGCCCGGGAAAAUAGCAGCCUUCGGAUCCAUAAUAAUGCAAAACAUUGGAGCCAUGUCCAGCUACCUCUUCAUCGUGAAGUACGAGCUGCCGGAAGUGAUCCGAGCCUUCUUGGGCUUGGAAGAAAUUACCGGUGAAUGGUACCUUAAUGGAAACUACCUGGUGAUUUUUGUGUCCAUGGGGAUCAUUCUCCCCUUGUCGCUACUUAAAAAUCUGGGUUACUUGGGCUACACCAGCGGCUUUUCUCUGUCCUGCAUGGUCUUCUUCCUGGGAGUUUUGAUCUACAAGAAAACCCAGCUGCCGUGCCCGCUCCCCUUCCUGGACUCGCCCGCCGCUAACCUCAGCAUGAACGCCUCACACAUGCCGGGCGCCUACGCCGCGCACAACCGCUCGGCGCAGAUGGACUUCUCGCGAGCCGACGUCUCCCCGGCCGUCACCCACGCCGCCCACGCCUCCACCGGUGUCCACUUUGAGCCGCACCCCGAGGACGAGGACGCGUGCACGCCCAAGUACUUUGUCUUCAACUCCCAGACGGCAUACACGGUGCCCAUCCUGGCCUUUGCCUUCGUGUGCCACCCCGAGGUGUUGCCCAUCUACAGCGAGCUGAAAGAUCGCAGCAGGAAGAAGAUGCAGAACGUGUCCAACCUGUCCAUCCUGGCCAUGCUGGUCAUGUACAUGAUGUCGGCGCUCUUCGGCUACCUCACCUUCUACGACAACGUGGAGGCGGAGCUACUGCACACCUUCACCAAGGUGUACAAGUUUGACACGCUGCUGCUGAUGGUGCGCUUGGCGGUUCUCACCGCCGUCACGCUGACUGUUCCCAUCGUGCUCUUCCCUAUCCGCUCCUCCAUCACCACCUUGCUGUUCAGCGGGCGAGGGUUCAGCUGGGCUCGCCACAUGAUCAUCGCCGCCGCCAUCUUGGCCUUCAACAACAUGCUGGUCAUCUUCGUCCCCACCAUCCGGGACAUCUUCGGCUUCAUCGGUUCCUCGGCAGCCACCAUGCUCAUCUUCAUCCUCCCCGCGGCCUUUUACCUGCGCUUGGUGAAGAGUGUACCCAUGCGCUCGCCACAGAAGAUUGGGGCGGCCGUCUUCCUGGUGGUGGGAAUCGUCUUCAUGAUUGGCAGCUUGUCGCUCAUCGUGCUGGACUGGAUCCACAACCCGCCGGGCUCCAGCGGGGGGCACUAAGCAAGCGUCCUCCCUGACCCGCCCUGCAACAACAUCUGGAAGGAGGCCUCAGACACCGAGCAUGUUCUCCACUUCCGCCCACGGAAACACCAUCACUGCUAUUUGCCCCACUCACCCGUCAGCGCGGGGGACAUUUGGGACAACACGGAGCACUUCCCAGCGUAGGACUCGCACAUGUACGCCGCUCCAUCUGCUGCUCUCUUCAAUGUGAAGGACUUGCCAAAGUCUGCAUGCACAUACCCAAACUCCAGUCCACCAUCCUCAAACUGUCCCACCCUGGACCAGGUGAAGAUGCUUCCAGUAUUAUCUGAACACCACCUGUACAUACUUACCUGUCUACUGAAAAGUGUUCAACCGCCUGCUCCACAAACAGAUCCUUUCCAGUAGAAGAAGGGAAUAUUUUCACACCAUGCAGAGGUCAAAGCAGCGUUUGGAGCUUCCUUUAAUUGAUGGUUGGGCCCAACUACGGGAAUAUUGUGCCUUUUUCACCCUUUGGCCCCUUAUCAUCGCGAAUAUUACAACAACACCGCCUUUCCUUUGUGCUGCACAAUGUUGUUAUUGACCCAUCUCCAAACCUUUGUGCUGCAAACUAUUAGAGUUGUAUGCUACUACAGGGUUUCCAUUAAAAGUCGUUAAAUUAAUGCCUUAAAUAGCAUUAAAAUAAAAUGUAUGCUCUGAAAUUACACGUGCUAUUAGCAAAUAACAAGUCGGCCAUAAAAGGGCAGGCAGCAGUUAAAAUGUCUCUGUCGUGGCCGAAAUAGCAACUUCAGCCGUCAACGUGACGCCACCACAACUGGCAGCUGCUGCUACCACCGCAGAAAAAUAAAUACAAGUAAAUUGUCAGAUUAAUCGGCCUUGAGAGCCAAUUUAAGCUUUUUAACUACCGUAUUUUUCGGAGUAUAAAUCGCUCCGGCCGAAAAUGCAUAAUAAAGAAGGAAAAAAACCAUAUAUAAGUCGCACUGGAGUAUAAGUCGCAUUUUUUGGGGAAAUGUAUUUGAUAAAAGCCAACACCAAGAAUAGACAUUUGAAAUAAAUCAAGAAUAGUGAACAACAGGCUGAAUAAGUGUACGUUAUAUGAGGCAUAAAUAACCAACUGGUAUGUUAACGUAACAUAUUAUGGUAAGAGUCAUUCAAAUAACUAUAACAUAUAGAACAUGCUAUACGUUUACCAAACAAUCUGUCAUUCCUAAUCGCUAAAUCCCAUGAAAUCUUAUACGUCUAGUCUCUUACGUGAAUGAGAUAAAUAAUAUUAUUUGAUAUUUUACGCUAAUGUGUUAAUAAUUUCACACAUAAAUCGCUCCUGAGUAUAAGUCGCACCCCCGGCCAAACUAUGAAAAAAACUGCGACUUAUAGUCCGAAAAAUACGGUACUCAAGAUUAUCAAUGUCAAAUGUUUGCAAUUGGGUCUAUACUGACAAUUGUAGGUUUUUGACAUCAUAUAUGAUAACUAUCUGCAUGGGCAUUAAAAAGCACUGAAUUAGAUGUGCCUAUACCUGCAGAAAGCCUGUAUUAACAACGUGCAGUUUUUAUGUUAUUAACGUUUUAUUAUUCAUGAACUGGUCAAAAUCUCCCCCAACUUGUCCCAAACCUUUGUAAUAGUUAGCCAAAAAAAAUGUUGGCAGCACAGUUUUUCUACUAUUACAGAGUUUCCGCGGGUCAAUAAAAAGCAUUAAAAGGUAUUUUGCAACAAUUAAGGCCUUUAAGGGCUUUAAAUUCGGAAAAAAAAAAUGUAUACGCUGAAAUCAUACAUGCUAUUAGCUAAUAGCAAAUUGGUAAUUAGAGGCAGGCAGCAGAUUUUAUCGACGUGACCAACAAAGCAACUUCAGCUGUCACCGGAGCGCCACCACAACUGGCAGCUGCUGCUACCACUACAGAAAAAUAAAUACAAAUGAAUUAUUGAGAGGCAAUUGUAAUUCACCAGAGAGUAACAGUUCAUGUAAACUUUGUAACUAUUCAAGAUUCUCAGUGUCAAAUGUUUACAAUUGUGUCUAUACUGACAAUUGUAAGUUUUUGACUAAAUAUAAUACCUAUCUGCAUGGGCAUUACAUUUGUUUUAAGUGGCAUUAAAAAGCACUGAAUUAGACGUGCCGAUACCUGCAGAAAGCCUGUAUUAACAAUGUGCAGUUUUUAUGUUAUUAACGUGUUAUUAUUCAUAACCUUGUCAAAAUCUCCCCUAACUUGUCCCAAACGUUUGUGCUGCAAAACAUUUUUCUCCAACUAUUACAGUUUUUAUGUCAUUACAGGGUUUCCACGGGUCAAUAAAAAGCAUUAAAAGUAUUUUUUUCUAAAAUUAAGGCCUUAAAAUGACAUUAGAAAAUAAAAUGUAUACGCUAAAUUCACACAUGCUAUUUGCUAAUAACAAUUGGCGAUUAAAGGCAGGCAGAAGUUUUAUCGACGUGACCAACAAAGCAACUUCAGCUGUCACAGUGACGCCAUCACAACUGGCAGCUGCUGCUACCACUACAGAAAAAAUAAUUAUAAAUUAAUAUAUAUUGGGACGGCGUGGCGCAGUGGAAGAAUGGCCGUGCGUGACCCGAGGGUCCCUGGUUCAAUCCCCACCUAGUACCAACCUCGUCAUGUCCGUUGUGUCCUGAGCAAGACACUUCACCCUUGCUCCUGAUGGGUGCUGGUUAGCGCCUUGCAUGGCAGCUCCCUCCAUCAGUGUGUGAAUGUGUGUGUGAAUGGGUAAAUGUGGAAGUAGUGUCAAAGCGCUUUGAGUACCUUGAAGGUAGAAAAGCGCUAUACAAGUACAACCCUUUUUUUUAAACACAUUUUUUGUUUAACUAUUACAGUUUUUAUGCUAUUACAGGGUUUCCGUAGGUCAAUAAAAAGCAUUGAAAGUCGUUAAGGGUACUUAAAAAAAAAUUAAGGCCUUUAAUUGCAUUAAAAAGCAUUAAAUUCGGCAAAAAAAUGUAUUCGCUGAAAUCACACAUGCUAUUAGCUAAUAACAAAUUGGCAAUUUAAGGCACAUGCCAAAUUUGAUCGACGUGACCAACAUAGCAACUUCAGCUGUCACCGUGACGCCACCACAACUGGCAGCUGCUGCUACAACUACAGAAAAUGUAUAUAUAUAAAUUGUCAGAUUAAACAGUCUUGUUGUGCGCCAAUUGUAAACCAACAGACAGCAACAGUUGAUGUAAACUUUUUAACUCCAGUUUUUAUGUUAUUAACAUGUUUUUAUUCAUAACAUGUCAAAACCUCCCCAAACAUUUGUGCUGCAAACAUUUUUUGUCUAACUAUUACCGUUUUUAUGCUAUUACACGGUUUCCGCAUGUCAAUAAAAAGCAUUCAAAGUCGUUUAAUGUAUUUUUCUAAAAUGAAGGCCUUUAAUUGCAUUAAAAAGCAUUAAAUUAAAAAAAAAUGUAUAUACACGCUGAAAUUACACAUGCUAUUAGCUAAUAACAAAUUGGCGAUUAAAGGCAGGUGCCAACUUUUAUCGACGUGACCAACAAAGCAACUUCAGCUGUCACCAUGAUACCACCCCAACUGGCAGCUGCUGCUACCACUACAGAAAAAAUAUAUAAAUUGUCAGAAUAAACAGUCUUGUUGUGCGCCAAUUGUAAUCCACCAGAGAGCAACAGUUGAUUAAAAUUUUGUAACUAUAGUUUUUAUGUUAUUAACGUGUUAUUAUUCAUAACCUGGCCAAAUUCUCCCCCAACUUGUCCCAACCCUUUGUGCUGCAAACAUUUUUAGUCUAACUAUUACAGUUUUUAUGUUAUUACAGGAUUUCUGCGGGUCAAUAAAAAGCAUAAAAAGUUGUUUAAUGUAUUUAAAAAAAAUUAAGGCCUUUAAAAGCAUUAAAACGCAUUAAAUUCGAAAAAAAAUGUAUACGCUGAAAUCACACAUGCUAUUAGCUAAUAACAAAUUGGCGAUUAAAGGCAAGCGCCAAAUUUGAUCGACGUGACCAACAUAGCAACUUCAGUUGUCACCGUGACGCCACCACAACUGGCAGCUGCUGCUACCACUACAGAAAAAAAAAAUAUAUAUAAAUUGUCAGAUUAAACAGUCUUGUUGUGCGCCAAUUGUAACCCAUCAGAGAGUAACAGUUAAUAUAAACUUUUUUAACUAUAGUUUUCACGUUAUUAACGUGUUAUUAUUCAUAACCAUUCUCCCUGCAACGUUUGUGCUGCAAACAUUUUUAGUUUAACUAUUACAGUUUUUCUGCUAUUACAGGGUUCCCGUAAAUCAAAAAGUAUUAAAAGUCGUUAAAGGUCAUUUUCAAAAAUUAAGGCCUUUAAUUGCAUUAAAAAGCAUUAAAUUCGGCAAAAAAAUGUAUACGCUGAAAUCACACAUGCUAUUAGCUAAGAACAAAUUGGUGAUUAAAGGCAGGCGCCAAAUUUUAUCGACGUGAUCAACAAAGCAACUUCAGCUGUCACUGUGACGCCACCACAACUGGCAGCUGCUGCUACCACUACAGAAAAAAAAAAUAUAUAAAUUGUCAGAUUAAACAGUAUCGUUGUGCGCCAAUUGUAAUCCACCAGAGAGCAACAGUUGACGUAAACUUUUUAACUCUAGUUUUCACGUUAUUAACGUGUUAUUAUUCAUAACAUGUCAAAUUUUUAACUGUAGUUUUUAUGUUAUUAACGUGUUAUUAUUCAUAACCAUCCGCCCCUGCAAACAUUUCUGUCAAACUCUUGUAGUUUUCACGUUACGAAUGCGAAAACAUACAAACUGCAACCAAGGAACGUCGGUGUUAUUUUAACGUUUGCCAGGACAAAUGUGUGCCUUCUCCUCCAUCGAUGGGCCGCGAUUGUUCGGAUAGAAUGGCCCUUCUCUUUUGGCCGCCAACACGUCCGGCCAAAGUAGACGACAUUUUACGGAUCCUUUGCGGAUCUAAAUAGGCGAGGCAAGUAGAUAUUUCAAAUGAAAUAGUGUUUAUGUGCGUGUUUUUGUUGUUCUUUUUGUACAUGCUCUGUAAAUAAUGUGUAUUUUCUCCACUCUGCCAGGGAGUAUCUUCAGUGUUUAUGAACGUCAAGAUGUAUGAGGUGUAACUUGGUGUCUUGCUGUAUGACACUUGUUUGCUUUCCAAUUUCAUUGUACAUUUGUAGAAAAUCAUGUUGACAUUUUUAGCCUGCUGUCGCACCCGGAGACUUCUAUUGGGUUUUAACAAAACAACACAUUAUUGGGUUUGGGCUCCAGGUGGAGAGAAGGUGCUAGAAUGAUCUGAUCUCACCUGCUGCCUUACUUGAACCAUCCUGACUGAAGAAGGACCCUGAAUGAAGGCUACAAGCCCAAAUCCUCACAAUGAAUGUUUCUUCCUCCGCCGCCAACUUGUUCGGGUUCGAAUCCUCGUGCCACAUGCCUGCCCUUCCAAGCGUCUCAGGUGAAAGUUUCCAUCCUGCUUCAGUGUUUUUGCACGGUGGAGCCAAGCUGCUGCUCCCGGUUUAGCGGUUCUCCUCAGUGUUUGGUUCAAAAAGAACGGCGACGGGCUACACGGAGGAUGGACGCCAGCCCGAUGCUGCCUGACGCAGUGCCUUUGUAUCCUGCGGGGGUUGGAAUGAACUGUGUUAAAAAAAAAAAAAAGAAGUACCCACAAAGGGGAUGUUUUUGUAUCAGUGGCGUUGUUUCAUUAUGAUGAAUAAAAAACUGUUAAAAAAGG